GAGAGAUAAUGUAGUGUGGUAAGGACAUGGACUCCACAGCAAGGCUACUGGGUUCAAAUCCCAGAACACAGCCUCCCCUCCCGAGUUCAAAUCCCAGAACACAGCCUCCCCUCCUGGGUUCAAAUCCUACCCCCCUGGCUAAUCUGUAUCCUUAAGCAAGUCACUUACCUGGUCGGGGUCAGUUUCUCUGUCUUUCACCCUCCACUUGGAGCACUGUCAGUAUAAAAAGAGCAUCACAUACAAAGCAUAAAGAGCAUCACAGAGCAAUAAUACAUUCUUCAUGCGGAGCCGUCAUUGUUAGGAAGACUGACCCUGGGGAUGUCCCCGACUCUGGCUGGCACCUCCCAAGUACUCUCUGGCUAAUUUCUCUCUAAUUUACUUUUUGUCCAUUUACAGGACCUGUGGACAGAGAGUUGGGUCCAAACUGUGCUUAGACACUAAAGGUUGAGGAGAAUCUCAGGGUCACUGUAAUCACCGGUCUGUCCUCCACUCGCCAUGCUAGAGUUUUACAUGGAUUUUGUCCCUCUGUCUUCUGAGGAUCAAGGGGAGCUCUCUUCUUAUAAUUCUCAUUUUUUCAGAUGAAUAAAUAAUUUGGAGAGAAUGUAAUUGAUGGACUGACAGUGGUGAACAAUUCUUCGGCACUUACUAAGUACAGGCAGGCAACCAGGGUCCCUCAGAAACAGCCUGCAUGCCAUUUGAAAUUCAGUGCGGUCCCAUCCUUGGGAAGCAUCCUAAAUGCAGAAAGUUUCACUCAUUCAUUUGUUUGCUCAUUCAUUCAUUCAACUUUCAAUACCCACACCUUCUGUACCAAGAAAGCUAACUGGCUCGUGCCUUUUGAGUGGCAGUCUUAGAGACGGGAGAGGUCCCUGUGGGGCUGUGGGAGGCUUGCUUCAAGAAUUUGCAACUCAUAAACAAAACAAACAAAAGAAAUGACAAUUCUUGAAUAAAAACUAGGAAAGGUACAGAGGGAAAAGUCAAAAGGUGGCUAGAAGAUGGCAAGCUUCAGAGACUGAGUCGACCCGAAUCCAGAUGGGCAAAGGCCUUUUCCCAGCUGAGCACCUCGAUUCACGGUUCGUCCACAGCGCGGCUCUGGUUUCUGCCAGUGAGAACACGGUGGGUUCCCAGGUCGAGUCAGGAAGCCCGCCAGUCCCGGCUCCUCCUGCACAAGGGAAAGAGGAGACGGGGAGAGAAAGCCCAGAGCGAAGGCACAAAAGACAUCAGGCUGCUGCUCGGGUGGGCAGCGCGCGUUCCUUCUGCUCCCACGACACCUGCUUGACCCCGGGGUGUGCAGGCUGCGGCGCCGCCAGCUAACCGGAGAACAGAUGCCGGGCUGAGGCGACGGUACAGUGCGGGGAACAGAGCAGCUCCGGGGGGCGCCAAGGCAGCCACGGAGAGCCCGCCGCGCUUCCUCGACCGGCCCUGGGAGCCCUUUGAACUUUGGGAGCCAGGUAAGAGCGCGGAGGGCUCAGGUGUCCAUGCUACGGGAGGUGGAAGCCAGGUGCCCAGUUAAGGGUAGAGAGCGACCCACAGUCCGGAACGCACCCUGGAGGGACCCCCACCCCGUGAGAGAUCGCUGAAAGUCUUCUUGAAAACCGAGCAGCGAGCACCUGUUUACUCCAGUUUCUGGUUCCUUGGAGUCCUGCGCAGUGAACUGAGACCCCACAUCCACUGGGUGAACCAUUUCAGCUGCAUUCAGACGCGGGACCCAGCUGCCUGCCAGGAGAGCAUUCCGCAGCCCUGCGGGGGAGCGCGCCUUUGCAGGGCGAGCGAGCGCACUGUUGCAGCCUGAGUGGUUCCCCGCCUUAAGGGGCGAGGGCCAGGUUCAUGGAGAACGCCACGGGCUCCCCGGAGCGCGCAAACGCGUCUGGCCUGGGUGCCAUGCCCCGGGCUCCACUGGUCGUGCAGGUGGUGACUCUGACCCUGGUGCCCCUAGUGAGUGCCGUGGGUGUGGCGGGCAACGCCGUGGUGGUACUCGUGGUAGUCUGGGACCGCCACAUGGUCACGCCCACCAACUGUUACCUGGUGAGUCUGGCCGUUGCAGACCUGCUGGUGCUUCUGGGGGCUGCAGUGCCCACUGUGGCUGAGGCGGCAUCCGGUGGUGGCUGGGUCUUUGGCCACGCCGGCUGCCUGGGCAUCACCUACCUGCAGUACGUUGGCAUCAAUGCCUCCUCCGGCUCCAUCAUGGCCUUCACCGUGGAGCGCUACCUCGCCAUCUGCCACCCUCUGCGCGCCCAGGCACUGUGCACCGUAGCGCGGGCCAAGCGCAUGGCAGCAUGGGUGUGGCUGGCCACGGGCACCUACUGCACGCUCUGGCUCUUCCUGGUGGACACACGCAAGGUAGUGUAUGCCGAUGGCGUGCAGGUCCAAUGCGACUACCGCGUGUCGCGCUCCCUCUACCUGCCCGUGUACUUCCUGGACUUCGUGUUCUUCUACGCGCUGCCGCUGGGCCUGGCCACCGUGCUGUACGCGCUCAUAGCGCGCGUCCUCUUCACCAGACCGCUGCCUCCUGGCCACUCCGGGCUCACGGGCUCUGACCAUCAGAUGGGCCCCGCCCACCACGCAAGCUUCUCCUCCAAGGGCAGGAAGGACGCCCUCAACUCUCGGAAGCAGGUCAUCAAGAUGCUGGCCGUGGUGCUGGUCCUUUUUGCUGUGCUGUGGCUGCCCUACCGCGCUCUGGUGGUGGCGAAUUCCUUCCUGCAGCCACCCUACCUUGACUUCGGCUUCCUUCUCUUCUGUCGUCUUUGCAUCUACCUGAAUAGCGCUGCCAACCCCAUCGUCUACGCCCUCAUGUCCCAGCGCUUCCGCAACGCCUUCCACAGGCUGUUCCAGUGCCGCCUGGCCCAACCCAAGCGCCCGCCCCAGGAGGACCUCCCUGUUUGCUACAGCAUCGUCAAAGACUGUUCCCAGCACAGUUUGGGCCCCUAGAAGGAACCUGGGGGCAUGCCAAGGGCUCAGACAGACAGGAGGUCUUGGCAAGGCCUACUACUCUAUCCCUAUUCAAAUUAAGAGGUUUCUAUGCACUUAGGGAGGAGGGAGUGGUGUCCAAGUCUGCCUAGUAGAGAUGCACAGGUUGUGCACUCACACUUUUAGGAAUCACUAUUCAUAGCACAGACAGCCUAGGUUUGUCUACUUAGCUCACUCACAGAAACUGUGAAUAUACAGACCUAAAGGGGGAAGGUG